CGGAAGCGGCGCUUGCCGCCGGUGGCUCGUGGACGCGCCCUGGGCUGGAGGUGGAGCUGCGUAAAAGCGCACGGGCGGGAGUGGCCGCCUGCCGUCCUGAACGUGCGGAUAUGGAGGCCGAGCCGGGCGGCGGCGGCCUGGGCCGAGCCGUGUGCAUUGUGACCGGCGCCUCGCGGGGCUUGGGCCGGAGCCUGGCGCGCCUGCUGGCCCCGCGGCUGGCGCCCGGCUCGGCCCUGCUGCUGGUGGCGCGCUCGGCCGGCGCCCUGGGCGAGCUGGAGGGCAAGCUGCGCGCCGCCUGCCCGGCGCUGCGCGUGCAGGGCCUGCCCGCCGACCUGGCCUCGGACGAGGGGCUGCAGCGCGUGCUCCAGGCCGGGCGGGCGCUCCGCGGCGGGGCUGGCCGGCUCCAGCGGCUCCUGCUCAUCAACAACGCCGCAUCUCUUGGCGAUGUUUCCAAAUCCUUCUUGGACUUCACAAGCCCAGCUGAAGUCAAUGCCUACCUGGCCUUCAACGUCACCUCUGCGUUGUGCCUCACUUCCUCCAUUCUGAGGACCUUUCCUGCAGAGCCUGGCUUGUGCCGGAUGGUCGUUAACAUCUCCUCACUCUGUGCCCUGAAACCCUUCAAGACCUGGAUGCUCUACUGCACUGGGAAGGCUGCCCGAGACAUGAUGUUUCAGGUUCUAGCAGCGGAAGAGCCAGAUGUCAGGGUGCUCAGCUAUGCGCCAGGUCCCCUGGACACUGAUAUGCAGGAAGUGGCUCGCACCAAAUCGGGAGAUCAGGAGCUGCGGGAGAAUUAUCUCCGCAUGAAGCAGUGUGGGCAACUGCUAGACUGUGAUGUGUCCUCCCAAAAGCUGUUGAAUCUUCUUCUCGCGAACAAAUUUGAGUCAGGGGCUCACAUUGAUUUUUAUGAUAUCUAAAAAAAAAGAAAUCUGUACUGGCUAGAAGUGCAGGAGUUGUGUUAGGAUUUCUCUUUCAAUGCAAAGGUAACAGCCUGCAAUUCAGGGUCUGGCAUAUCAUGGAAACACCUGCAAAGUUCUGAAGCCUAAUUGUUUGGAAGGAGGGAGUGAUUCAAGUGCAGGAGGAGAAAAGUGCAGUAUAAAUGUGUCCCAGUUGUGCGUCAUUGCCCAUAGUCUUGCUUCACAAGUGUGUGUGUGUAGGGGGUGGCAUUCCUUGUAAUCAUUGUGUAGCUGGCUUAAAGGAAUCGAAAAGUGAUCUUCCACAAGGUAACUGGCUGGGCUAUUUUUUUAAAAAAAUCCUGUGCAGCUGGAGAAACGGUUCAGUAAGCUAGAGAGGGAGAGUGGAUAACCUUAAAGGCCCUUAUCUGUGGGGCUGCUAACCCUGAGUGACUGUGCCCCUGUGCCUAUUGAGCUCCCCCUGCUUUCUCUCUGCUGCUAUUUAGGGGUGUUGCUGGCUUGAGCCAUUUCUGUAUUCGAUAAAAUUCCAACUCUUCUUUGUGUCGGCUGAGAUUCUGCCGCUGCUGCAGAGAAGUCAGAAUCUGUGAGGGAUUCCUUAGUAUUCCAGUGCAGAAAUAGAAACCCAGACUUGGGCCUGAGGAAUUUCUGAGGAAAAGCAGCAACCCUUCUGAGGUGAACUUACGAAGAGCCCAGUAGCUGGGUCAGGCCAAAGGGGGCCCUUCUAAUCUACUGCCCAGCCGGAUGCCCCAACAGGAAACCCACAAACAGAGGCUGAGCGCAACAUCAACUCUCUCCUCUUGUGCAUCCCAGCAGCUGGCAUCCAGAGCAUCCUGCCUCUGAGAGUGGAGGUAGUGCACAGCUGCCGUGACUAGUGAUCCUUGAUAGCCUUCUCCUUGUCCUCCAUGAAUUUGCUUAAUCCUCUUUGAAAGCCAAGAGCUGUGUUUCCUCUUGGCCACUGCAGCCUCCCAGUGGAAAGAGGCAUGAUGUGCUCAGUGGGAUGUCACGAGUAGGGAUGAUGGGGGAGCGCUGUGUGUGGGCCCUUGGGGGGGAGGGUGCAGUUGUUCCAAGGACAAAGGCAAGGCCAGCUCAGCAAGGACGCUGGUGAGGAGAUAUUGGCAUAAUACAAGCAUUGCGCUUCCUGACAUGCUAGUUUUCUACAUGAGUUGUAUGGAGGCACAUUUCAACAUGUGAACGCCUGAAUGACCCUUGCAAACAGCCCAACCCCAGGUUGUCUGCCUUACUGAGGACAAGGCCUCUGCAGCAUAGCUAAUGACGGGCUUUUGCCCAACAGGGCUCUCGCCACCAAAAAUUGGCAUGUGGCCAUGUGUGUGUGUCUCAUGUGAUGGUUUUAUUGGUUCAGAAGUGCUACAAAUUUCAUGCGUGCUUCAACCAGCUAUGAUGCUUUGGGGACUUUUUCUGAGGAAGCUGGUGCCCUCUGGCCUGGCUGCUUCAGUGGCAUGAAUUGGCUGCUAUCAAGGCUGUUAAAUGCUUUUAUACGGUUGGCCCAUCAGUCCCAACCAGCGUGGCCAGUGGUCAGGGAUAAUGGGAGUUGUGGUCUAAUAACACCCAGCGGGUCACAGGUUCCCUAUCCUUACUCUAGAGUCGGAGCUAGAGUCUCAGGUGCAGCAAGCAGAAGGCACUGCUCUGUUACCCAAUGACUGAUAGCAUCUGCUGGUCAAAUCGCUCUUCCAUACUUGAGUGACAACCCACUUCCAAUCCUCACUGCAUUUCCUGCUCUGUCUUGUGGUCGCAAGUAACCGAAAAGAGUAUGUUGCCUCGGGGACAGCAGGGGGCUCAGAGUGGGACCUUCCCUGGUAUCUAGCAGGAGGCAAGAAAGAAGCUGUAGGCACACUUGAAACGGGGGGGGGGGAGGGAAAUCACGUGGUGUGGUGCCGAUAGCAGAGCCUUAUAUUAAGGUUCUUCAUUGCAGGUAAGGCGAUUCUGAACUUAGCUCAGUAGACUGAUAAGGUGACAGUCUUCAAGACAGAAUAUGAAGCACAGGCUCUACAUUAAAAAAAAUGUUUUUCUGUUUUCUUGGUUAUGAAACUGUUCUCAUCCCAGCUUGCAUCUUCCUUAAUAAAAUCAUUACUUGCCUUACUAUAAA